AUGAUCACCCACGGCCACACACCCACUCCCACCAGCCCCAUCCACGGCCACGCGCCAGUGCGCCUUCGCACCAACGCCAUCUACCUCAUCACAUCACCCCCGAUGAGCCAUGCAUCCCUUUUAGAUCCGCACCCAUCUGCAGGAACCUCUGCCCUCCCACCCGUUAUAGGUAAUACCUGCCGCACGAACUAUCACUCGUUUCCCGCAUGUUCCAAAACCGGUGCGCUGCGUUGCGUUGCGCCACGGGGUGGCGUGUGGAUGGCGUCCACUAUCCGGGUUCCCCCCCCCCAAGCUAAAAAUAAACUUUCCCUCGCUCUGUUUCUCUACUAG